AUGAACGUGAAGUGUGGCGACGAGGGGAGUACGAGGAUAGUUUUUGAUGGUAUCUGCGGGAGGGAUUGGACUUCAUGGAAUGCAAUGAUAUCGGGCUAUUUUGAGAAUUGGGAGUGCUCAGAAAGGUUGAGGUUGUUCUUUUCAAUGAGGGAGUGUUGUUUUGAACAGGAUUUGAUGACCAUGACUAGCGUGAUUUCAGCAUGUAAGGUUGUUGGUAAUGGAAGGCUAGCAAGGGCAGUUCAUGGGUACGUGGCGAAGAUGGGGUAUGGGGAUGAUGAUUCCGUGGAUAACUCACUAAUUCAGAUGUACACGAGGUUUGGGAGUUGCGGGGAAGCAUAA